UACCUUUCUAAUUUCUAUGUAGCCAUGAAGUACUCUCCCCGUGGUUGGAUAUUACGAUAUCGCGCUGCGCGCUUCUUAGCCUCAGCGGAAAAAGGGCAACGGAUCACUCGUCCAUUCUUCUCCCCACACCGCAACCCACCCGGCCCCCACCUCCCCCCACCCACCCAGCCUCCCAACACCAAACCCCCGCCAUCCUCCGUCCCCGCCGGAAUUUCCAAUGGCACUCAAGUUCACCGUCCCCCUCCCCCUCUUCCCGCCAAAUUCGGCGGCCCCUUCUCGCCGCCCCGGCCCCUCCACCGAGGUCCGCUUCUCCCGCUGGAACAACGCCAACGCCGAGCCCUUCCUCCGCCGCCGCCGCGCCCAGCAGGAGAUCGAGGACGACCUCCGCCGCCUCCGUCGCUACCGCUCCGCCCUCAAGAUCGCCGAGGAUGCGGCCACCACCGACGCCUCCUCCUCCUCCACCGCCGACCCACCCCCUUCCCCCGCCGGUUUCCGGUCCCACGGUACCCCCUCCUCCCCCUCCUCCCCGUCCAUCCCGGGCAAAGCCUCCAAGUACUCCAAGCCCCCCCUAAACCCUAUAAGCCCUAGCUCUCCCUCUUCCCACCCCGCCUUCCGCCGGAUCUCUAGGGUUUCCCGGCCGGCUCCGGUUCCGCCGGACGGGGAGACUGGGAUUUCGGUCGGGGAGAAGGGAAUUACGUAUAAGAUCGAGGGGGCGCCCUUUGAGUUCCAGUAUAGUUACACGGAGACGCCAAAGGUGAAACCUUUGGCACUAAGGGAGCCUCCAUUUCUGCCAUUUGGACCGAGCACGAUGCCCAGGCCAUGGACGGGGCGGGCGCCGCUCCCGCCUAGCAAGAAGAAGCUGCCGGAGUUCGAUUCGUUCAAGCUCCCGCCGCCAGAGAAGAAGGGGGUUAAGCCAGUGCAGUCGCCAGGGCCUUUCCUGACCGGGUCGGGGCCCAAUUAUGAUGCGGCGUCGAGGGAGGAGAUUUUGGGAGAGCCGCUGGCUGAGGAGGAGAUCAAGGAGUUGGUCAAGAGUUGCAUGAAGACCAGGAGACAAUUGAACAUCGGUAGAGAUGGUCUAACACAUAAUAUGUUAGAAAACAUUCAUGCUCAUUGGAAAAGGCGGAGGGUAUGCAAGAUAAAAUGUAAAGGAGUGUGCACAGUUGAUAUGGAUAAUGUCCGUCAGCACUUAGAGGAGAAAACUGGGGGGAAGAUUAUAUACAGCAAGGGAGGAGUGAUCUUCCUGUUUCGUGGUCGAAACUACAACUGGAGGACCCGCCCUAGAUUUCCUCUUAUGCUGUGGAAGCCUGUAACACCAGUGUAUCCACGAUUGAUUAAGCGGGUACCAGAGGGACUAACUUUGGAAGAAGCAACUGAAAUGCGUAAAAGAGGGCGCAAACUACCGCCGAUACGCAGACUUGCAAAAAAUGGUAUGUAUUGUAACCUUGUUAUAGAAGUCAGAGAAGCAUUUGAGGCUUGUGAGUUGGUCCGAGUAAACUGCACGGGUCUGAACAAAAGUGAUUGCAGGAAAAUAGGUGCCAAGCUCAAGGAUCUAGUUCCAUGCAUCCUGCUUUCAUUUGAGGAUGAGCAUAUACUUAUGUGGAGAGGGAAAGAUUGGAAAUCAUCUCUUCCACAAGUAGAAGACAGUCAUACUGAAGCGGAAGAAGUGAUUGCCAGUGAUCCAACAAACACUUCAUCCAGCAUCAGUGAUACAUUAUUGAAUGACCAGAACAUCCUCGGUUCAGGUGCUGAAAAGAGCUUAAAUGAGGAACUCAGUGUUGAAGUGCCUACUGAAUCGGCUCUAGAUGACAACGUGGAUAUAAACCAAACUGAGGAUCUUUUGAAUUUAAAAAUUUUACGUGUACCAGUGCCAGUUCAUGUAGAUCCAACCAAGAAGACUGGUGAGACACUUGAUUUCUCAACUGAGACUCGCCAGGAAUCUUCAAUUAUAAGUGACCAAGGAGCACCUGCUGCAGACGCUGGAAAUGGCUCAGUGGACUCAUGUCUUGAAGUACCUUGCAGAAGCAUUUCUCUAGACACAAGUUUGAACACAAUAGAAAAAGGUACAGACCUUUAUCUUCCAGGAAGAGAAGCUCAGCCAUUGGCAGCUUCGUACCAAGGUUGCAACAGGCAUGACAACAUUGCUGCAGCCACCAGACUAGAUGAUGGAAUGCUAGACAGCGAUAUGUUGGAAAUGAGAGAAGCAGAUAGUCCGAUAUGCCGAGAUCAUACGAGUUCUAGUAGGGCAUGUUUGGAAGGAGUUAUGCUACUUCUGAGGCAGGCUGUUGAGAAUGGCAGGGCAAUCAUCUUGGAUGAACAUUCUUUGGAUGCUAACAUAGUUUUUGAGAGGUCCGUUGCUCUUGCCAAGACUGCCCAGCCUGGACCAGUCUUCCAGCAUAGAGUCAGGAAAUCUGCUGUUCAGAGGACUCAGAAAGACAAGGGUGACAAGAUCAAGGAGCAAGAUACAGAAGUUGAAGCUGUGCCAGUGUCAGAAAAGAGAUGUAAUGAGAGAAACAAUUCUCGGAGUCGGAGAAGGGAUGAUUUCCCAGAGGUUUUGUCAGAUGUGGUCCCACGUGGAAGCUUGAGAGUAGAUGAACUUGCAAAGUUGCUGGCUUAGGUAUGAAGUAAAAAAAUUGUUGAAUGAAUUUAAGUGUUUCAUUCAUCUUUCUGUCUGGUUAUUAACUUCAGGAGUAGGCUUCAUACUGGUUGCACAACAAAGUUACAGAAGAUCUGUUGAGGACUAUUUUCAUGAGCCCAUUAUCUGCAGCUAGUAAUGAGAUGGCACUAGAAACAUGUUUUUAAAGGUCAAAGGGCUGUGAAGUUAUUAUCGUGAAGGGCAGAACAGAAAUUCAGAUGGCAUGAUAUAAUACAUCAGAACAAUUAAGAUUUAAGACUUUUAUGGCGUUGGCUUCUAAUGAGCUUUCAGUGAACAAAAUACAUCAGCUACACUUCGCAGAGAGAACAAUGCAAUAAUAGCAGUAUUUCUCUUCUUCAUUGUUACUAUCCCUCUUUGCAAGGAGACCUUCCAUUCAAGUGUUCCUAUGGAAGACUAUCCUAGGCCUAAUUAACUAAAUAUUAAAAAAAAGACUUUGUUUAACAUUUAUUGGUGAUGCAACCUGCACAGACUACAGAACAUGGUUGAGGAAGAGAGAAUAGAGUUCCUUAUUAUGGAUAUUGAUGUUGUAUAACAACUUCCCUGUCUAUAUCAGGUCUGUCUGCAAUCUUCUUCCAGCACCAGUGCUACUCCCACAGUUGAGACAUCUCAGUUGGCGCUUGCUUUGUCUCUGGCAGAAUGAAGAUGAUAAAAAAGGUCAUAACGAUGAUGGCCAGGCAAAAGGGAUGAAGACUGCAUACCUGAGGUGGCAUGAUGGAACAAGAAAACAUUGUGCUACUGCAGCGGUGAAGAGGAGGUUGACACAAACUUUCAGGCUUUGUCUUGCUGAUCUCAUCUCAAGCAGGAGGAUCUCACUCAGAACUAACCAGGAAAGAGGCCCCCAUAACCAGCUGUAUACCGCUAAGUGCACAUAUUGCAAUUGCUAAAGGACAGCUACAUUUCUGGGAAGCACCGCCCAUGAACAAAUUUCAGUGCAAGAGUUAACGACAAUGACCUGUGGACAUAAUGAUAUAAUUGGCAUAAAUAAAACAGGUAAUUUCAACUUAUCAUUAAUCCAUUUCUACAUGGUUUUUUUUCUUGAUCCAGCCAAAUUGAAAUUGACCUUGGUAUUAAUUAAUUAAUUAAUUUAUUGUUUUCC